AUGCCCGGGUUGAGUUUUCUGUUGCAGACGGAAAUAGCUAAAAUGUGUCCAAAGGAGAAAGAUUUUUGCAUAACAAAAGCUCUACAGGGUCAAUGCUAUGGUAGUAGUGUGAGAGCAGAAACAUUGAAACGAACAUGUUCAUGCGCAUGUGAUGCUGUACAUUUCGAUCGAAUUCAAUCCUGUUGCAAAACAGUCGGCCGACGAGAAAUGGAAUUUUGCUUACCACUAUGUAGAUAUAAUACUACUUUGGAUGAACUUAAUUCUGGUUUGGGCUAUAAAUGUAUUUCUCAACUAACUACAUGGGCUUAUUGCGCUGCUGAUGUGAGCGAUAAUACGGCAUGUUGUAUGCAAAAAGGUAUCGUCCCAGAAUGUUUAAGCUUUUGCAAAGGUGAUGUACCAACUUGCGAUUUGCAAAGUCUUUUCACCUAUCAACCUUGCCUGAGAUAUAUUGAAACGAUCACUCAUUGUCAUAUGGAAAAUUUAUUCUCAAUGCCACGAUGGGAUCCAAAUUGGGCCGCUCGUUGUGAUUGGGAUGGAAGUGCUUGA